UUUCGUUUUGGUCUUGAAGGUUUUGGACUGCUGUACCAAAACAAGGAAUGUUUAAUUAAUCACAUUGCAGUGCGUCAACAAAGAAGAAAAAUGGUUGAAACGAAGAUUUUAACAAACUCCACCGACGGACAAACGCAGUUUGGCAACUCUCGUCAAUUGGAUCCAUCGGAUUGCAUUUUCGUCUUCAAGGAUACCAUUUCGGAUUACGAAGAACCUGCUUCGGAUGAUGAGGUGGAUUUAAAACCCUUGCGGGAAGCCAGUAUUGCCGUGCUUACACCGAAGGUAUCAGAGAAGAGGAAGAUUGAAGAAGCCGAUGCCAGCAAAGACCUAAAGAAGGCGAAAUUGGAAACCAAAGCGCUUAAGGCGAAAAGGCCAGGCUUCACAGAUGAACGUUACAACGAGACGAGUUAUUACGUGGAAAAUGGUCUACGGAAAGUAUAUCCAUAUUAUUUUACGUUUACAACAUUCACGAAGGGUCGAUGGGUUGGCGAAAAAAUCCUUGAGGUUUUUGCGAGAGAAUUCAGAGCACAUCCGGCUGAAGAAUAUGAGAGAUGCAUUCGAGCUGGUACCUUGACUGUCAACUAUCAAAAGGUCGAUGUCGACUACAGAUUAAGACACAAUGACCUUUUAGCGAACGUAGUGCAUAGACACGAGGUGCCUGUCACCUCGGAGCCGAUCACGGUGAUACACAUGGACGAGGACGUCGUCGUGGUCAACAAGCCCGCCUCCAUUCCUGUUCAUCCAUGCGGUCGAUAUCGGCACAAUACCGUGGUCUUCAUUCUAGCCAAGGAGUACAAUUUGAAGAAUCUCCGAACAAUUCACAGGCUGGACAGACUAACCAGUGGAAUUCUUCUUUUUGGAAGAACACCAAAAAAAGCAAGACAAAUGGAACAUCAAAUUCGCAAUCGACAGGUUCACAAGCAAUAUGUGUGUCGAGUGGAAGGCGAAUUUCCAGAAGAUGAAGUUGUUUGUUCGGAACCAAUUGAGGUCGUCUCAUAUAAAAUAGGCGUUUGUAAAGUAUCUGAAAAAGGCAAGGACUGUAUGACAAGGUUCAAACGUCUCAGUUAUAAUGGAAAAUCUUCUGUGGUCCUUUGUAAACCACAAACAGGUCGAAUGCAUCAAAUUCGAGUUCAUCUUCAGUAUCUUGGUUAUCCGGUCGUUAAUGAUCCUCUUUAUAAUCACGUUGUCUUCGGUCCACAAAAAGGAAAGGGUGGCAAUAUAGGCAAGACCGACGAAGAAUUGGUGAGAGAUUUAAUAGGAAUUCACAAUGCGGAGAAUUGGUUGGGAAUGGAAGGCGAUUCAGACAUGAGUCUCUUCAAGCCAAAACUCGAUUUGGAACGUGCUUUAACACCAGGCGACAAAGAAGGUUCACCCUCUUCAACACCCGGCCAUUCAGAAGAGGAACAACAGCAACAGACGGAGCAACAACAACAACAACAACAACAACAGCAAUCACAAACUCAACAGCAGCAGCAGCAGUCUCUCAAAGUUACUGUCGGCACACAAACCGGCUCUGAACCACCAGAUAGUACUUUCGCAAACGAUAAGAUAACCGUCGAUCCACACUGUUACGAGUGCAAAGUCAAAUACAGAGAUCCAAAACCCUCGGAUUUGGUGAUGUAUCUUCAUGCCUGGCGUUAUUGUGGCCCCGGUUGGGAAUACGAAACUCCCCUACCAGCGUGGGCGGCUAGUGACUGGAUUGGUGACGAGCGAUAGUUCGAAUCAUUAAUUCCCGAAAACUGUCGAGAAUUACAACCCUCUGACCCUUUUGAUAUCCUACCCCGUGCCUUCCAUCAAUUCGCGAGUCACGCUAAACCUUAAUUGCUUGUUCGAAUUUCUUGUAUAUCGACAAUAUAUAUAUAUAUAUACAUAUAUGUAUAGAAAAUUAAAAAGUAUUUUUUUCUCUCUCAGCUGUAUAUUAACAAACACACGUGAAAUCAAAUAAAAAAUUUAAAUUGCACAAUAUAAGAGCAAGACUGAAAUAUUUAUUUCUCUAUUCACACACAAAAAAGCUCCAAAAUAAAUUGAUAAAAAACAAAAUUGUCGUUAAGAAAUGUACACAAGCAAUCAAGGUUUUAAUUGUACACGCGUCUAUCUCGAGAACAUAAAAUUACAUUAAUGGGAUUAAUUAUUCGAGUAUAAGCCUUUGUUUUAAAAAAGAAAUAUUUUUCAAAUAAGGACUAAAAUUUCUUUAAAUUCUUAAAAUGAUUCGCCCGUAACAGUUCUUUCAAUUCAUUCUACUAAAAUAUAAAAUAAAGAUUUCAAUUUAAAUUUUUUGAAAUUUUUGAAAAUUCAAAAUUCAGAAAAAUUUAAUUUUCACUCUAAAUACUUUGUUGGUAAAAUUCAAAUUUUUGGAAUCGGAAAAUUUUAAAAAUUAGUGCAAAUAAUAUUAAUAAAAAAUUUAUAUUAUUUGUAAUAUUAAUUACAAAGUAAAAUUAUAGAAAUAUAAUAUGUUAUUUGUAACAUUAAAAAAAUAGUAAGCAUUAAUUUUUUUUGCAAAAAUAAAUAUAGAACGAAUAAAAAAUAAAAAAUAUUUUCUUAUUUUCUGCAAAUGAUAUUUGUAUGAAUAUUUUCUAUUAACAAUUACUGUAAAUACAAAGUCAUUUAAAUUUAAAUUAAAUACUGGUUUACUUGUUUGUAACUUCAAAACUUAGGUUCUAGAUUAUUAUUUUAUUUUUAUAUUUCGCGUUUUCGAAGUAAAAUCUUAAGUAUCAAUAUUAAUUUUUCCGUUUACUUUUUUCUGUAAUUUAAUGAUGACUUGUAGUUCAAAAUUGCAGACGAUUAUACCACACAAUUCUCCUUCAACAUUAAGUGUAAUAAAAUCUUAAUACCUUGUCAAGUUGGAAAUCAAUGAAUUCUAUUAAUCCCUCUUUAACUAAAAAGAUACAAUGAGAGUCUUUGCAUAAACGACAUAAUCAACAUUAAUCUUUAUAUUUUCCAAUGACAUUUUUUCUAUUCUCCGUAUAAUUGAAUAAAAUUUCAAUUGUAAUUGAUUGAUUAAUUUAGAUAUUUGAAAUUUUAUUUUUAAAUUAAUCUUUUACAAAAAAUUUUUUUUACUUCAAACCUUGAGAUUUAUUCUAAAUCAAAAUUUUUUUUUAAAUAUUUGACUCAACAAUAUUCCAUGAAUUUAUCCUUUUAAAUUAAAAACAAAUAUUUAUAACUAUAUAAAAGUUAUAAGAAAUAUUUAUAAUUAUAUAAAAAAUUAUAAGAAAUCUUUUCCUGUAACUUUUAUAAACUACAAUGUGAAAAAGGUAUUUUUCGUGAAAAUUAAGUCUACGAAUUUACAAUUAAUUAUUGAAUUUGCGAGAAAAAAAAUUUAAUAUUCUCUUAUUUGAACAAUUUUUCAAAUAUUUAGCAAAAAAUUUCAAUCGAAAUUUAACUAUAGACUGUUGCGAAUCACUUUAAUAGGAAGAAAAUUACAUACAUAAAAAAAUUGUAAUAAAACGGACCAACUAUUUUAUCAAUAUUUGGAAAUGUAAUUUUUUUUCUGUUAAUUCUUUUGGAAUGUACAUUGAACUGAAAAUACCCGCGGCUUUUUGAAGAAGAAAAAAUGUUUCUCGAGUAAACGCAGGAAGCAAUGACGUUGAAACUGCGAUAGAACCGCAUCUAUUUUUAUGGCAGAUGUACAGGAAUUAAUGGCGCAACAAUCAGCAUGAUCGUGCAAAGUAAGCAAUAAUGAUCGUGCCCAAUCAUAUCGUAGGCAUACCUUUAAAAACUCAAAAUGUAAAAGGUUUCUCACCGUGAUCUCGAUAAUGCGUACUUUUUAUUCAAAAAAGAAAAAGAGAAAGAAAGAAAAGAAAAUUAUCCAUUAGCCAAAAUUUAUUCCACGAAGUUCAUGAUUCAGUAUAUAGCGUUUAAAAAUAUAUUUGUAAAAAAAAACACAGAAGCAAAUUCUUCAUUUUUUUUAAUAAAGCAGUCUUCGCGAUUUAUAUAUAAAGAAAAUAUACACAAACUCAAUGUGAGCUUAAUAAUUAAACGCUAGAAAAUUUGUGAUUAACAUUUUUUUUUUAAUUUACUUUCAAAUGUUCAUGUUAUUUAUUUCUUUUUUAUUAUUUUGUUUCGCAUUUCAGAGAAAUUGAAAAUUUUAUCAUAUUUUUUUCUUAAAUCAUAAUUUUUAUUUUAUUAAAACUGGAAUUAUUAAAAUUAAAAAUUCAUAAAUUAGACUUCGUUGAAGUCAAUAUUUAAAUAAUUAAUUUCCUUUUAAAUUCAUUUGUUCAAUUUAAUGAUUGCUUUCCUUUAAAUUUAAUUAAUAAUUAAAAUCGAUUUAAAUUAUGAAAGUCAACAAUUUUCAUUUCAUUUUACUUAGAAAAAAAUAUUAAAAUAAAUUAAUAUUUUCAUUGUGAUUAUUUAUUGUUCUUUUAUUUAUUAUUGCAUAAUAAAUUAAGAAAAAUAGAAUAAAAAGAGAUUUGACUAUUUUUAAGGUGCCAUUUUUGCACUCCAAAAGUUUGAUAGUUAAUAUUUCUAUUCGUCACGAUCAGAUGCGCUAAGAAUAAAAGUAAUUGAGUGCUUAAAAAACAAAAUUUCCCAAAAAAAAUUACCUGUCAUCUAUAUUUGUUGUCGAUUUGAUCAGUUCAUUUUUCUCGGCUUCGUUAAUCUGUUAAUUAAACUUAAGAAUGUACAUACGAUUAAUUAGAUUUUUACUAGUGGAAAAACAAUGAUUAAUUACACGUCUUUCAACUUUAAUUUUUAUUUUCUUUGCAAGUGGAGCUCAUUUUUAUUCCACAAAUUCAAUUUCUAAUUAUUCAAAUUGAAUGAAGAAUUGUUUUAAAAUUUAAUUUCGAAUGACAAUAUUUAAUUAGUAUUUAUUUUUCAUUACAACUAAUUAUUAAUUCUUAAAUUUAUUAUCAAUUAUAAUUGCGAGUAAAUUAAGAUAUCAAUUUUUUUAAUGAAUUUUUUUGGCGAGGGAAAAUUAUGAGCUCCUGGCAAAUUAAUUUAACUGCCUUCGUCACAGAGAAAAUUGUGAAGCUUUUCAAUAAUAAUAAUAUUAAUAAAAAAUUAAUAAUAAUAAUUAGCGAUAGAUUAUUUUUCGUUUCCGUUUUAGAGAUUGUAUGUGCGGCGAAAUUUUUUACGAGUGAAAUCAAUUUUUUGAAAGCGACAAAAAAGGUACCCCUAAUAGAAUUUACAGAUUUUAUCUAGAAAUAUCUUAUUUUAUUACGAAUCGUGUUCGUCUCGUAUAAAAAUUAUAAAUUAGAAAAUCAGAGUUUACGGUCAGUAGAGAAAAAUUGUGUAAGGACAGAGCUAUUUGAGGAAGAGAAAAAAAAGGAAAAGAAAACAAAAAUAAUGCUCGUGUUAAUAACGGACCUAUUAUAAAAGACAGUGUGUGUGCUUACUAACCCAACUGAUACUUCAUAAAGAAGCAUCGUUAAUCGUAAUGGCUACAUUAAUUGUAAGUAAUUCACGUGGUACAAUAAACUCUACAAAUCGAUAAAUCUUUAUUGUAUAAUAAUAUUUAAAUUGUCAGUGUAUAUGAAUUUUAACAAAAUUUCUUCUUUUACAAAUUUAAUUUUUUUCUAGAUAGUAGGUAAUCAGAAUUAUCUUUUAAUAGAUAUUUUUUCUGAUUACUUAAUAUUAGAAUUGAAGCUAAAUUUAUUGAAAUGAUUUUUUUAAAGCUAUCAAUUAUUGAAAUUUUUUUUGAUAGUUACCGAUAAUUAAUUUUUUUCAUACUAUUAAAUUAUUAUUGUCGAAGGUAUCAAGAAAAAAUUAUUGAUAAAUUGUAUAGUAUCAAUAAAAGAAUCAAUGAAUUAUUUAUAAAAUUAAAGUACAUUGCAAAAUACGAAUUGAUUAAUUUAAAAUUCAAUAUCGAUUGUAACUUUGUGUAUUUAUUUCUGAUUUGUAUAGUUUAUUAUACUAAACGAUAUUUAAAUGAAAAAAAAGACAGUCCCGAUUAGUGGCACAAAGAAGACAUCGGUCUGUAAAUUCAGCGAGCGCUUUUGUAUAUAUAUUGUAUACGCACAUUGUACUGUAUUAUUGAGCUGUAGUCGACGGAUCGAUAGAAAUAGAAAAUUUUCUUGUAUGCAAUGAACGUAAUGAAAAUUAUUGUUCGCUAA